AUGUCGGACGAAGCUUCUAAUGCGCAAGGGGAUAAGCCAGCCGCUCUUGGUGCCGGAAGACCUCGCACGUUGACCAAAAAGCAAAAGAAGAAGCUUGCCGGAGAGAAACUGAACGAAGGUAACAGGAAGCGGAAGCUUGAAGCUGAGGAACGGGAAAGACUGGCCAAAAGAGCCAGGUCUGGUUCGGAAGAGGAGCUCGAUCGACCACGUAAAAAGACAUCGACUUUGAGUCCGUUGCCUCCUUCAAAAUCCUCUAGUCCAAAACCCGUACCUCUCCCUGCAAAUGCUCCUCCCCCUUCUGCCAAUGUUGCGUCUUCGCCUGUCCAUGGAUUCAUGGACGAACUUGAUAUCGACCUGCGUGUACGUCAGCGGGAAUUAUCAGAAGAGAGACGCCAAGUUCGGGAAGAAGAAGAGCUGGCAGAAGAGCUGGCAAGGAUUGUGGAGCAACGAGAGUUAUCCGCGAUGGUGGAAGAGGGCCGGUUGGACAGAGAAUUUUCGGAGGAGGAGGCAAUGCGAUGUGAGCAAGAGAUUAGAAGGCAGGAGGAGGAGGAGGAGAAGGAGAAGGAGGAGAAGGAGAAGGAGGAGAAGAAGGAGAAGGAGGACGAGGAGAAGAAGGAGAAGGAGAAGGAGGAGAAGAAGGAGAAGGAGGACGAGGAGAAGAAGGAGAAGGAGAAGGAGGAGAAGAAGGAGAAGGAGGACGAGGAGAAGAAGGAGAAGGAGGACGAGGAGAAGAAGACGAAAUUGGGAGAGACUCUGAGGCAGGCGAUGCUCGACAAAGAUCGCAUGGACCGGGAGGCUGCGUCUCGAGCGAAGAAUGUGGAGGAUAACGACAACGACAAGUCGAAUCGCCAGUCAGCGCAGAAAGACGGGGACGAGGACAAUGGUGCAGAGAAGCAAAAAGAAGGCGAAGAAGAGCAACGGGGUGAAGCGGAGGAGAAGAUGAAUAAAGAGGCGGGAAUUGGGUACAAGAGACGAUUUGAUCUCCUGGAUUCGGAAACAGGUCCUUUCCCCUCGGUAUCUUGGCCUGUCCCGAAUAUCAAGCUGGAACGACCGCAACAAGUCCGCAAACUCCCUAAAGCAGUUCCGAUCGACAAGGAAGCUUUGAAGGAUACAUUCUCGAAGUUUGCUGAAUGGGAACAACGGUCACAAGGGACCGGUCCAAAACAAAAUUCCCGCAAGAGGGGAUUAGACAUCGUUACAGAUGUGGCCGAAGACGUCUGGGAUGGUGCCAGAAAACGGCGAGGCAGAACUCCGAGAGAUUUUGGGGACAUGGACAAGGGGGAUGAUGACGGGCCACGGAAGAAGCAAAAGACUGGUGAAGCGGCCUCUCUCAAACCUUCUCGCCAUGAGAAAAAGGACUUCCUCGGCCAAGUCAUUUACGGGAUCGGACGGAACUUGCGGAGUCCGAUUUAUCGUGCGGGUUCCCGCUGGCAAGAACCGUUUCCAACCGGACGGUUCAAAAAUCCAGAUGGACUGGUACGAGCUUUGGACUUCGCGAUGAAGGGUGUCCGGCGCAACCCGGCUCACAGUAUGGAGUCAUGGAAAGAGCACGUUGAAAGGGAAGUUCAGCUUGAGCUUGGGGAAGGCUGGAACGCGUCCGAGUGGACGAAGGUCAUGGAAAUCGGGACCGACGAUGGGAAGUCACAGCCGGAACGCUUGUGCGAUUUCUUUGAGUUUGCUUGGGACUCUGGAGCUUACGGGAAAGCUUUCAACGAGUGUCAUUCUCCUGCACGAGCACAAGCAUACGGUAUACUGGCUCAAGCAGUCGAGGCUCGCGAGGAAAGGUGGCAGGGGAUAUCGAAGCGGGAAAUCAUCCGCAAGAUAAAUUCUCUGGGAAAAGAUGGAUACAAUGUCCUGACAAAAGAGCUUGAGAGGAGAUGGGACGAGAUCAUCGACAUUGAGGAGCGAGCAGCGGAAUGCGUUCACGCGUUGUUGGGAGAUACCUUCAGACCCUUCAGAGCUGUCUCUGAGAUCGAUGGCCGGCCGCAUGAAUGCGACACUCCCGACAAGAAGCAGCUGUGGGACGUCGGUCGGAGGUAUCUGACGAAGGCGACUGCAAUGCGGGCAGCACUUGGAAACGUGGUACGAGGUUGCGGAUGGCAAGAUGGGGUGUAUAUGGGGCGGGAAUGGAUGAAAGGUGCCACUCCUGCUUUCAUCGCUGUGGUCGGGGGCAUAUUCGAGGUCUUCGCCAAUCGUCCGGAUUUCAAGUCGACCAGUUCCUUGGCCGGCGAGAUACAUUACCUCCGACGACUGUUGGGUGAAGGACGGUUCUACGAGAGCGAGUGGGUUCCCAUCCUGGAUAUGCUGCGACGCACCGAUGGUGUUUUGCUACAAGCAACCUGGGCGCCUUUGCAAAAAGUUGUUUCACUCCCGGAGGCUCGACAUCGUUGGGCUGAUAUCAGCAGCCGCGCGCGUGAGCUCUGGCGGGAACACGGCGACACAGUCGGUAUGCCAAUUGCGAUCGACCUGAGCCUUGCGGAGCUCGAAAAUGCGGGAGCACGAUCAGCACUCCAAGCAUUGGGUAAAAGGCCAAUGAUUGCAGGGAGCCGGUGGACCCUACGUGCCCAGGUGGAAGACACGAUCGGGCUAUUCCCGCAUACGGAGACUUGGGCAGGUUACUUUGCCGACGUCCACAAUCUCAAGCUCGGAAGGAUGGACGGUGUCUCGUUCCGAGAACGUUGGGAGUUGCGGGAAAAUGUGUGGAGCAAGGUGUUGGGACGGCUUGCUCCUGCUAUCGAUGAACCGUUCCCCACCCUGGUCGAAGCGGACUUCAGAGCGAAACUCAAACGUUACUUAGUUGAGUUUCACUAUCGCAACCUGGAUAGCGAUGAAGACGGUCAAGCUUGGCAAGUAGAGUCUACCUCGGUGCGGGAGGACUUUGCAUGGUCGAAGCCAGCCGUGCUCACGGAAGUUGAUGUGCGCAACGUGUUGGCUGUGCGGGAAGCGAGGGAAAAGGAGCGGGAAAAGUGGGAGACCGAGAAAUUUGGUAGUGAGGUACAAAGCAAUGCAGACCUGCACAGCCAAGACGGCGAUGACUUUGGCGGCGGUGACUUUGGAAACGAUUUCCCUAGUCGUAGCGGCAAAAGCGAUGGGGAUAGCGACGGCGAGAGCGGGAACGAUGAUGGUCCCGAUCGAAAGGAUUUGAAGCGUGAGGGAGCUUCGCCUAACGAGGGGGGCGACGACGACGACGAGGAGGAGGGGGACAACGACGACGACGACGAGGACGACGAGGAGGAGGAGGACGACGAGGAGGAGGAGGACGACGAGGAGGAGGAGGACGACGAGGAGGAGGAGGACAACGAGGACAAGGGAGAAUCGACGCGACGGCGCCUCCCCUCGCCGUUGUUAAAGUACGUCAAGUGUACCGGAGAACAAUGGCAGGAUCUGCACAAGCAGAAAAAGCGGACGGUCGAAUGGCUUGCGGGGCAGGACGCCGAAUGGCUGCCGGCAGAGAUGAUUACGGGAAGCAAGAAUCGCGAUGCUCAGGCGGCUCGAAACGCUCGAGCGCAGGUGUGGAACAAUUUCCACGAUGCAAUCCGGACCAAGAUGACCGACGCGGCACUGAAAUCUGGAACGUUGUCCGUAACUCUCUGCGCUCGACCUCGAUUCAAGGAUGGGAAGGGAGAGGUCAUCGUCUUUACAUCUCCUGGCCUGCCGGAUCCGGACAGCGAGUACUGGAAGCCGAUGAUCGAUGAGUUCUGGGAAGUCGCUUGCGUGGAUGCCGAGGACAUGGCGGUGAGGAUCGAAGGGAAUGAUGCUCGUUUCCCGGUUGCAAAGGAGGGCAAGAAGAAGGAGAAGAACAGCGGGAAAGCCAAAAAGACGUAG